AUGACUGCUGUCCCAAAAAACUCUACCCUUCUUGCACCGUAUCUGGAUCUGCCCCAGCGGGGCAUGAUUGCCGCUGAAUACGUCUGGCUCGAUGCUGACGGCAUGCCGCGUGCGAAGACGACAACCCUUCCCGGCCCCGUAAAGUCCAUUGCUGACCUCAAGGAGUGGAACUUUGACGGUUCCUCCACUGGCCAGGCAUCUGGCGAAAACUCGGAUGUGUAUCUGCGCCCGAUCGCGUAUUAUCCGGAUCCCUUCCGUGGUGGUGACAACUUGCUGGUCCUUGUCGAGUGCUACAACAAUGACGGCACGCCAAAUAAGGCCAACUACCGUCACAAUGCUGCAAAGAUCUUUGAGCAGGUCAAGGAUGAAAAAUGCUGGUUUGGUAUUGAACAAGAAUACUCGUUGAUGGGUUUGGACGACAGGCCCUAUGGCUGGCCCGUAGGCGGUUUCCCUGGCCCGCAAGGCCCCUACUAUUGCGGUGUCGGCGCCGGCCGUGUCGUUGGCCGCGAUCUCGUUGAAGCGCAUUACCGUGCAUGCUUGUACGCUGGCAUCAACCACUCGGGCAUCAAUGCCGAGGUGAUGCCGUCUCAAUGGGAGUUCCAAGUUGGCCCUUGCGAAGGGAUUGAGAUGGGCGAUCAUCUCACCAUGGCGCGCUACAUCUUGCUGCGUGUCGCAGAAGAGUGGGGCGUCAAGGUCUCGUUCCACCCGAAAGCAGUGCCAGGCGACUGGAACGGUGCUGGCUGCCACACCAACUUCUCGACGCUUCGGAUGCGCGAGGAGAAUGGCAUGAAAGCGAUUGAGCUUGCGAUUGAGAAGAUGAGCCAACGUCACACGGAGCACAUUGCCGUCUAUGGCGAUGAUAAUGAGCUGCGCCUGACUGGCCGCCACGAGACGGGCCACAUUGGCGAGUUUUCUGCUGGCGUUGCGAACCGCGGAGCAUCGAUUCGCAUUCCUCGCCACGUUGCGGCACAGGGCAAGGGCUAUCUGGAAGACCGCCGCCCCGCGUCCAACAUUGAUCCCUACCGUGUGACGGGCAUCAUUGCGGAGACGGUUUUGCUGACUCCGUAA